AUGGUGGACUCGGUGCCUGCUAUGUUUGGAUUGUUGGUCAGCGGCAGAUUGGUACGGACCGAUUUUGAACGUUUAGAAGAAACAAAAUUUAUGAUAACUAUCAACUCAGCUGAAUCCGUGAAUUAUAUUUGUGUGUUUUUGACUGGUCUUGUGCCAUUUCCCGAGGGAACAGCAGGUUCAGUGUACUUCAGUUGGCCAGAUGAAAAUGCAAGACCAAAUUGGCAACUUUUAGGUAUUCUGUCCAAUAACAAGCCAUCCGCUAUAUUUAAGCUUUCAAAUCUUAAACAGCAUUUUGAUGUUACAAACCAACCAAUAAACGCAUUCAGUCAAUUCCCAUCAAUUUCUAUAAAUGCUCAAAUUGGUAUAUCUAUUGAACCUUUGAUAAAUGCUGAAUUACAAACAACCUGCAUAGAAUCAACACAAAAUGUAUCAACAUUUGUUGAGUUCACACAAAAAAUGGUACAAAAUUUAUACAAUUACGUAUCAAGUUAUGCAGUUGAUGUCGGUCCACAGCAAACAUCAAUGGUACCACUAUUAUUAAUUCAAAAAUGGUACGAAAACUUUGAGAGGAAGUUAAAUUUAAAUCCAAAUUUUUGGAAAUCCUAG